GCGGGACUGCAGCGGGCAUUCUGACACUGGCGGGAUCUGACUUGGUGUCACUGACAUCCCCAGUGACAGUACAGUGAUCAGUGCUAAUAAGCACUGACACUGUACUAAUGGCACUGGGCAGGAAGGAGUUAACAUGUGUGGCAAUCAAAGGGUUAACUGUGUGCAGUUUUACUGUGUGCUGUGUUGUGCUUUCAACUGUAAGUACACUGUUUUGCAGUGUGCAGGAGCUGCCAGUAAUGCUCAGCAAUCACCUGGUACCAGGAAGUAAUCACCGGCUGGGACCCAGUGAUUGACAGCCGAGGCCGCAAAU